AGGUAGUGACGAUACUCGACACCGCUAUUCUGACAAAUCCCAAGGCCGACAAUAUCGGACAUUAUUUUUGAGAACCUCAUUUCACGGCGCUGUGAAGGAUUUCUGAAGAUUUAAUGAAGAUGAAGACUGUUCAUUGUGCCAUAUUUUAUCUCGUCAUCAUGGCUGGAUUCACCCCUAGUCAAGGUUGGUGUUGGACUGACGUAGCAUUGGNUCCCGCUUUAGUAACUGCUGGAUUAGGGGCUGUUGGUUUCUCCGCCGCUGGAACCGCUGCCGGAUCUGCUGGAGCUGCCCUUAUGUCAACCUAUGGUGGCAGUAUCGCCGCUGGCAGUGCCGUUUCUGUGAUGCAGUCUGUAGGGGCCGCCGGUGUUGGAGUUGCCGGACAGGCUCUAGGGGGCGCUGUGGCCGGUGCUGCUGCCUACGCGGUUGGUGGAGGGAACUGUGAUCCGAAGAAAUUCGAUUGUGAAAACAACUAAUUCAAACGUAAUUAAAAAAUAUACCGUUUUCAAAAAAAAUGUUUUUGACAUUUUCACGAUGAUCUUUAC